ACCCUUUAAACACCCCUGUUGACUGUUUUGCUCGAAGUGCCAGAAUCGACUGUGGUAGGACAUCUUUCACCGAGAAAUAAAUACAAUGGAACAUAAUGGGUCUGCUUCAAAUGCUGAUAAAAUCCACCAGAAUCGCCUGUCGAGCGUUACAGAGGAUGAAGACCAAGACGCCGCUUUUACCAUUGUGACUGUGCUGGACAAAGUGGCCGCCAUCGUGGACAGUGUGCAGGCAAGCCAGAAGAGGAUAGAAGAGAGACACAGGGAGAUGGAAAACGCCAUAAAAUCCAUCCAGAUAGACCUACUGAAGUUUUCACAGUCACACAACAACACAGGCUAUCUUAUUAAUAAGUUGUUUGAGAAAACCCGCAAAGUCAGUGCUCACAUUAAAGACGUGAAGGCCCGGGUGGAGAGGCAACAAACUCAUGUUAAAAAAGUUGAAUCGAAGCAAGAGGAAAUACUGAAGAAAAACAAAUUCCGCGUGGUAAUAUUCCAGGAGAAGCUUCGGUGCCCGACAUCCCUGUCUAUUGUUAAAGACAGAACCCUGACUGAAGAUCAAGAGGUGGAGGACGAUGUCUUUGAUCCCCCGAUAGAGCUGUCUUCCGAUGAAGAAUAUUAUAUUGAAGAGAGCAGAUCUGCCAGGCUUAGAAAGUCAGGCAAGGAGCGCAUUGAUAAUAUCAAAAAGGCAUUUUCCAAAGAAAACAUGCAGAAGACACGGCAGAAUUUGGACAAAAAAGUGAACAGAAUUAGAACUAGAAUAGUGACCCCAGAGAGGAGGGAGAGGCUGAGGCAGUCAGGCGAGAGGCUGAGGCAGUCAGGAGAGAGGCUGAAACAGUCAGGGGAAAGAUUCAAGAAAUCUAUUUCGAAUGCAGCUCCCUCGAGGGAAGCUUUUAAGAUGCGGAGCCUGCGGAAAGCUAAAGACCGAACUGUGGCCGAAGGCCCUGAAGAGGUCAGGGAGAUGGGCGUGGACAUCAUUGCCAGGAGCGAGGCUCUGGGCCCCAUCAGUGAGCUCUACAGUGAGGAGCUCAGUGAAACAGACCGCGAGGAGGCCAGGGCCGGGGGUUCCCCCCGUGAAGGAGGGGAGAUCCCGACCCCUGAGCCUUUAAAGGUCACAUUUAAACCCCAGGUGAAAGUAGAGGAUGAUGAAUCUCUUUUGCUAGAUUUAAAGCAGUCAUCAUAAAGAGGAAUUAAGUAUAUUUUAAGUAUAAAUCUCCUUAACCACACAGUUCUGGUUUAAAUAGUAUAGUCAUUUAUGUUUAUAGGCCAUCCAGGAAAACACAAAUGGUGUAACUAUUUCAUUUCUUAUGUUUAAAAUCUUAAAGAUAAUACAGAUAUAAUAUACAUUUCCUUGUAACUUCCUUGGGAAUUCUUUUUUCUGCCCCUGGCUUCUAAGAUCCUAGCAGCGUUCUCUCUGUCGCUCUCAUGGCAGCUGUGAAUUUUUUAAGUUCCUUUCUCUUGCCCACCAGGAAAAGUCUCCUGGCAGGGGUCAAUUAGGUAUUUGGUCUAAAACAAAUUGAGGGCAAAUUUGUGGCUGUCAUUUGCAAGUGAACUCUCAGUUUUGGUCUAGAUUAAUGUGGUGGCCAGCCUCCCAGGGGAAUAGCUCAUUGUGGAUAAUAUCCUUAUGUUCAAAUCAGUGGAUUUGUUAGUAAUUAGCAAUCACACCCCUCUGUGAUACUUUUGCAUUAAAAAACUGAAGUUCUGGACUUGAGCAUUUGGUUCUGGCAUCACAGAUUUACUUAUAUGGAGCCACUUGGCAAGCUGUCUGCUAAUCAGCUCAUCCGUAAAAGGAAGAGCGUUUGCCCAUCCUGCCCACUCAGAGUGUUGUGAAGAUUGAGGGAAGCAUCGAACAUUCUGGGGAAACUCAAAUCAUAUCUAGGGAAAACAAGCCCCCUUGAUUCCUUAAGACCAGGAUCGAAAUAACUGCACCUUCUGACGAAGCCAAGCGGUGAGGACCUCGGUGGGACAGAAACUAAAGUUGGUCUUCAGAAGCCUCUUCACAGAAUCAGGAGUGAAAAAUAAAUGUUUGGGUGACCUCUUUUUUGUCAAAGACGAAGACCAGAUCUUGGGUUUGAGUUGGGUCCUAAAAUGUUUGCCGGAAAAUCCAUUUCUAACUUUCCUUCUCUUAGAUCUACAGUGGGCUAGAGCAACGUGUGUUUGAGCAGCAUGAAGUGUAAAACUGUGGCUGUGUCUUCAAGAGGCCUUUCUAAAGUCAGCCCCGGUGCACUGGGUUUGGAAAUGACCUCAGAUAUUUCUGUUUUCCCCUCAGGGAGCGUCUUUCCAAAACAGUGUUCAUAGGAGUUCAUCGUAGCUGCUUUCAGAAGCAGCCAGGAUUCAGUUAUAUGUUCACUUUAGCUCUAGCCAAUCCAGAAGUAGAUAUUAUUGCUAAAGAAAGAGAGAAAUGGUCAUACUGGCUCUGCACUUCGGGCAUGUUUAAAUCUUCUGGUUUUGUCAUAUUGGAGAAAUGAGGAAUUGUUGAAGUGGAAGAGUCUGGACAACAGUCAGCUUUCAGAUCAGUUUUGGAUGCUCAUGUAGUAGUUAAUUGUGUUAAAUACACACACAGACACACUCUCACACACACACAAGUCAACUUUAAAAUAUUUGACUUGGUUACCCAGAUGUCUAGAUUUGGGAAUUUGAUUCAGCAUUAUUUCCUCUUCCUCUGCAUGAAUACAUAAAAUCAUAAAUUGCUCAUCUCAUUAUCUUUUUAUAUUGAAAAUUAAACUGUAUACAACAUUGAACAAUACUUAAAAAUAAUUUUAAAAAUGUUAUUACAGUUUAUAAAGAGCUUGGAUGCCUAAUCACAUAGUUCCUUAAAGCCAUAAUAGAUUUGAAUUUAAAAAAGACAUUAUUAUAAAGUUUGAUGUCAGUGUCCUAUUUGUAAGUAUCUUAUUACUAAUAAUGAGUGCAGACACCAUGGCGUGAAUUUGAUGCAGUAACCCUUCUUAUAAUGGAUAUGUUUCUAGGGUAAGAAGAAUGUAAAGAAGUUAUAAGCUUUUUCUUUUUCUCUAGACCUAUGUAGAGUAAAUAUCAAUUGGGCUAAAAUAUUUUUCUGCAAGUCUGUCAAGGAAUUUUCAUAAUGACUGUCUGCUUACUGACCCUUUAUAUGACCAGACUUGACAUGUUACAGAACGUUUCCCAUAUAGAUCUGCCUGAAUUUUGAUGAGGAAGGCCUGAUAACUUUCUCAGCUCUUCAUUGUGGUAGACUGUGCAACCCCAGAAACACUAAAACAAGUUUGUGUCCUUCAAAGUUUACUGUUAGCUUGUACUGCUUUCUUGGUACUAGGAUUUUUCUCUCUAUUUUGCUUCUGUCUCUUGACAUUUCUCCCAUAUUUAGGAGAUUCCUGCAUUCUGCAUUCAUAAUUUUUUCUUCUUUCAACCUGUUUUCUUGAUGAAGACUGUCUUAUUUGUGAUGGGCUGCAAAAUCACACAUGCCCACUUAAUGCAAGGAUUAUCUUAGUCAAUGUUCCUUAUUUUAAAAGUUUCAGACAACACAGAACAGAUUUCCUGCUGUUUUACACUUCUGUGUUUUUGGAAUUAUACAUGUUAAAUGAGUUCUUCAAAUCAAACCAUCAGCAGGAUUUAUCCCCUUUUCUUUUGAUGAGGCAGAGCAGUGCAAUGUCUGUGGACACUGAGGGCUUGGAGCCCCUCGUGCUCUUCUACAGGAUGGACAGAGUAGAGCAGGGAGAGCAGCUCUGCCUCCUGUACGUGGUGACCCAGGGUUUCCUUUGAGAGUUGGUAAUGGCCUGGUUCUGGCUCGUAGGUUAGAGAAACAGGCCAAAUGUGAACUAGUGGUAACAGGCGCGUGAAAAUUCAGCUCGCUGAGAUUGUAUUUGUGAUGUGUGUGAUCUCCCUGGAACAAGUGUUUACAAAUUAAAAAUACUAAA